ACGAUAUCCAUUAAAAAUGUAUCCUUGCAGUCUCAGACGGUGUUCACAAAAACCUCAAACAUAACCAACAACUAAAAGAACGCUUUUACCAAAAAAAAAAAGCAACUCAAGGAAACCCAUCGAUGGCUACUGAGAAAUUUGGGAUCAUAAUUGAGAAGAAUCCACCCGAGUCCACACUAAUCCAACUCGGUGUUCGUAAUAUGGCCCAAGUGGGAACUUAUUCCUCCAAGCAAGUUUCCAUGGACUUUCAGUACAAAAGAGUCAUGUUAUCUGCUCAGAGGCGUGCCUACAGUGUAUUGAAAAAGGCCCCUAAAACCCUUCGCACGGCACUGUAUCUGCUUGAGGGGAAAGUGAAAGUGUACCCUGAUGGAUCCGAUGAAGCCGUAGAGAUCGAAGCAGGUGACUUGGUUGUUUUCCCUAAAGGAUUGAGUUGCACUUGGGAUGUCUCUGUCACUGUUGAUAAACAUUACUACCAUUCCGAGUGAUUUGGUUUGUAGAUUGGCUAGUUCCAUUUAUUGGAUAAGGGCCUCACCAUCUUUGUAUGAUUUCUUUUGACAAAACCAAUCUAUGUACGUUGUUGAAAAGUUAGUUUCUAUAUGUCCUUUAUCAGUCUAUUAAUUGUUUUUGCUUCGACA